GGAUUUGGGAAAGUGAAAUUGAAUGCUGGGGGUCUUGUAUCUGGAAAUAAUUUGCAUAAAAUGCAAGUAAGAGAUCGUGUUGUUAAUCCAUUCUUGGUGCUGCCACAUGAAUGGUUGGGAAGCUGUGCAGUUCACAACUAACUUUGGAAAGCAAAUUCGAUCCACUUGCUCUGUUCACUGCUUAACAGUGUUAAAAGAGAAAAGAGGGUUAACUUUUCAUCAUUUGUGACUUAUUACUUUGAAUUUGGAUGUAUCACUACGUUAAAUAGCACUGUACAAUCCAAGGUCGAUUUCGGUAUCAACGAAUGGAGGAUCAGUAGGAUCAGUCAGUCAGAAAGUUGUGCUUAGAUAGGACAUAGACAGGAGCUGCAGAAAUUUACAUUUAUAAAGUACAUUGAAGAAGUAAGGUCUAGCCAGUCGAGUCUAUAACAUUGCACAAUCACCAGCCUGGGGAGGACCAUACCACUACUGAUGAUUUAGAUAAUACAAAGGAUUAUCGUAAUUCUUCGAACACAAUGAAGGCGCUGCACGUAAGCGAAGUGAGACUUCUCUUAGUUGCAGUUUGCAUCGCAGCAGUCAUUGCUCAAGAGGUACCCCAAGGUGUGCAAAGAGGGGUGCAGAGACAACCCGGAACACCCAGAAGGAGAUUUAUUGGACUCAAUGGUGCGCGACAAAAUGCACUAAAUGGGAGGGGUGAUUUUUCAAGGCGUAGGAGGCCUCAGCAGCAGCAGCCUGGUACCGGGUCGGGAAAAACUAGUGGUUCCAGAUCCGGUGGAGGACCUCUCUCAGGAGUAAAUACCUGCGGCUCUGGUGCCAAUAAAUAUUGCUGUCCGGGCUGGACCCGUGCCCCUGGUGGGACAAAAUGUGUGAUUCCUGUAUGUAGUAGGCCAUGUGGCAGUGGUACAUGCAUGAGGCCAAACAUGUGUCUUUGUAGCAAUGGACAAAUUGCAACAAGCUGUUCUGAAAAGUCUCAGUGUCCAGUAAGAUGUUUGAAUGGAGGAGUAUGUGGGGGAACUCAGUGUACCUGCCGUCCAGGUUAUGGUGGAGCUUUCUGUGGGGAAGCCACUUGCCAAGAAGGUUGCUCAAAUGGAGGAAGAUGUAUAGCACCCAGUAGAUGUGCUUGUCCUUAUGGAUUUACGGGGAGAACAUGUGAAACAGAUUACCGUGUGGGACCAUGCUAUACCCAAGUCUCAAACAACAUGUGUCGUGGCCAGCUGACUGGUGUUGUCUGUACGAAAACUCUUUGCUGUGCUACUAUUGGUCAAGCCUGGGGACGUCCUUGUGAACGUUGUCAGAAACCAUCUCCCUGUCGCCGUGGAUACAUUGCCAAUGUAAGAAACCAGAACUGCCAAGAUAUUGAUGAGUGUGUAGCUAUCCCUGGGCUCUGUGUUGGGGGUACAUGCGUUAACACAGUAGGUUCAUAUCGAUGUGAGUGCAAGGAGGGGCAGACUAGGAACCCAUUGACCAAUGGAUGCGAAGAUAUUAAUGAGUGUUUAUCUGGACCGGGUGUGUGCGAGAAUGGACGUUGCACUAAUACGGAGGGCAGCUUCUUUUGUACAUGUGAUCCAGAAUUCACACUUGCCCCUGAUAGGAAAAGCUGCAUAGGAUCUGUGAAGAAGUAUUGCUACCAGACGUAUGUCCAAGGGGAGUGUCGUAAUCGCAUCCCAACCAAAGUGAGCCUAGUUGACUGCUGUUGCAACUCUGUUGGGAAAGGAUGGGGCAGUGCUGAUGGCCUCUGCCAAGUUUGUCCCAUUCCAAAUUCAGACACCUACAAGACUUUGUGCACUGGAGAAGGUACUGGGGAAUUAACAAAAGAUAUUGAUGAGUGUGAACUGUUCCCAGGGAUAUGUCGCAAUGGAAAGUGUUUCAACACACAAGCUUCAUUCAGAUGUGUAUGUAACCCAGGCUACAAACUGGAUGAGGCUGGAGGCUGUAUCGAUGAUGAUGAGUGUACAAGGUCAGGAAUCUGUACGAAUGGAGAGUGUUUGAACACUGAAGGAAGCUUCAAGUGUCUCUGCAAACCAGGUUUCACCAUAUCUAGUGAUGGCUUCUAUUGCACAGAUAUGGAUGAAUGUGCAGACACUAAGAUGUGCCCUAAUGGCCAAUGUACAAACAUGGAUGGUUCGUACAAAUGCGUCUGCAAUGAAGGCUUCAAACAGAGCCCCAAUCAACAAAUCUGUAUCGAUAUCGAUGAGUGCAGUCAAAAUGGCCGCAUCUGUCUGAAUGGUAGGUGCAACAACUUUGCUGGAGGGUACAGUUGCGAGUGUAAUCCUGGCUAUCAACUCUCACCAGAUGGCGCCUUCUGUGUUGAUUAUGAUGAGUGUGCAAGAACAGGGAUGUGUGCCAAUGGCCAAUGUGUUAACAUGGAAGGCACUUUUAAGUGUGAAUGUGACUUGGGAUUCUUGCCUGACCCCUCAGGCGAGACCUGCUUAGAUAUUGAUGAGUGUGAUGUGUCAAAUGAAGACACAGCUUGUCGUAAUGGACAGUGCAUCAACACACAGGGUAGCUUCAAGUGUGAGUGCUUCCAGGGCUUUACAUUAGGAGUUGAUGGGAGAACGUGUCUAGAUUCAACCCCAGCUCAAUGUUUCCUGACAAUCCGAGGGCCAGGCCAGUGUUCCAAUCCAUCCCCUGCCCUUUUGACCAAGUCUCAGUGUUGCUGUGCCAUGGAAAGUAUGGGCUCUAAGGGCUUCUGCUGGGGGCUGCCCAACCAAGUUCCAGAGGUUUGUCCAGAGCCAGGCACCCAGGAAUACAGAAACAUCUGCCCACAUGGAGGGGGUAUGACUAAUGGAGGAGCAGGCAUUAAUGAGUGUCAAAUCAACCCUUUGAUUUGCCCCAAUGGAGGAUGUGUGAAUCUUGCAGAUGGUUAUACAUGUAAAUGUAAUGAAGGAUUCAAGUUGGACCGUUCUGGAAAGGUUUGCUUGGAUAUCAAUGAGUGUGCCACCAACAGACUGUUGUGUAAUGAGGGGACCUGCCGUAAUACUCCAGGUAGCUUCCAAUGUACCUGCAAGGCUGGCCAUACUCUAAACCCAGACACAAACAUGUGUGAAGAUAUCGAUGAGUGUCUGGCUGUCCCAAGCCCUUGUAUCAAUGGUCUCUGUGUCAAUCUCCUCGGAAGUUUCAAGUGUAAAUGUAACAUCCCUGGAACUACAUUGGACACUAGCAGGAGAGUAUGUGUGGAUGGUCGCAAAUCAAUGUGUUGGGGCAGACAGGUCAAUGGGAACUGCGAGGACAGAAUUGGCCCACUUAUGACAAAAUCUGAGUGCUGUUCAACUGUAGGAUCUGCCUGGGGAAGUCCAUGUGAGAAAUGUAGUGAUGAUAUGGAGCUGCCAGGCGACUGUCCCAAGGGAAAGCAUGCACCAGAUGGCAUGAACUGUAUAGACAUAAAUGAGUGUAAAAUCUUUGAAGAGACCGGUAUCUGCGAGGGUGGAUUUUGUGUGAACACUAUAGGCUCGUUCAAGUGUGAAUGUCCUCCUGGUCUCAGUAUUGAUGCCUCGGGUAGACGUUGCUUUGAUACACGUGAAGAAUCUUGUUAUCAACGCUAUUAUCUGGGAACUUGUAGUGGACCUCUAACUGGAAACUACCUGAAGUCUCAUUGCUGUUGUUCUAUUGGAGAGGCAUGGGGCUCAGCAUGUGAACAAUGUCCAGUGAAAGGAACAAAGGACUAUGACAAGCUCUGUGGUGAAAUGGAAGGUGGUACAGAUGGGCCAGGCGGGAUUAAUGAAUGUGUGAUGUUUCCAAUGCUUUGUAUGAAUGGACGCUGUCUUAACACAGCUGGGAGCUUUGAAUGUUUAUGUAACCAGGGAUAUGCAGUGGACGAUACUGGCAAGAACUGUACAGAUAUUGACGAAUGUAGUAUCUCAAACAAUGUUUGUGGUAAUGGUACAUGUGUCAACCAACCAGGCAGAUUUACAUGCGACUGUUAUGAGGGAUUUGAAGUUCAGAUGAUGAUGAGAGUUUGUAUGGAUAUUGAUGAGUGUGCACGUAAUCCUAGCCUAUGUCGGGGAGGAGAUUGCAUCAACACAGAAGGCUCCUACCAUUGUGACUGCCCAGAUGGCCAUGAACUGACACUAGAUGGCAACUCCUGUGUUGAUAUAGAUGAGUGUUCAUUGGAGAGUGGCGUGUGUUCCCAUGGUGUUUGUGAGAAUUACCUCGGAAGUUAUCAGUGUGUCUGUAAUCCUGGAUAUGUGCCCAACUCUGAUAGGACUGCCUGCAUAGAUAUUGGAGAAUGUGACCUAGAUAAUGGUGGAUGCAUGACUCAAUGUGUUAACAUGCCUGGAAGUUACAAAUGUGGUUGCGACGAUGGCUAUCACCUGAUGCCUGAUGGGAAGGAUUGUGCUGAUAUGGAUGAAUGUUCCGAGUUUGAAGAUAUUUGUGGAGGGGGAAAAUGUUACAACAUUCCAGGUGGACAUAGGUGCACAUGUACUGGGGGACUCAUGCUUUCACCAGACAAGACAAAAUGUUUAGAUGUUGAUGAGUGUAAGAUUAAUGGCGACCUAUGUGGACAGGGGACAUGUCAGAACACUCAUGGAUCUUACAUCUGUAAAUGUGACCCAGGGUAUUCAACCAAAGCCAAUGUCAGAGAUGGGUGCACAGAUGAUGAUGAGUGUCAAACUGGUGCAGCUAACUGUGAUUACAAUGCCCUCUGCAUCAAUACUGAGGGCUCUUACAAGUGUGAUUGUAGACAGGGCUUUGUUGGCAAUGGCUUUGAGUGCAGAGAUGCAAAUGAGUGUUUGAGGAACAAUGGCGGUUGCGAUCCAGCUGCAGAAUGUGUCAACACAGAGGGUAGCUUCUUGUGUUAUUGUGACAAGGGCUUUGAGGGUGACGGAUUUGAUUGUCGUGACAUAGAUGAGUGCCAGCUGAACCCCAAUCUCUGUGAGAAUGGGCAGUGCUUGAACAACCCAGGAGGAUAUAAAUGUGAAUGUGAUAUGGGUUUUGCCCCUAAGGAUAAUGACAGAACCUGUGUGGACAUUAAUGAAUGUGACAUGUUCAGCAAUCUGUGUGUUGAUGGCAGAUGUGAGAAUGUAUUUGGAAUGUUCCGAUGUCUCUGUGAUAAUGGAUACAAACUGGAUCCAUCUGGUGGAAACUGUACAGAUAUUGAUGAGUGUGAGAUGCCAGACAGUUGUCAGUAUGGUACAUGUAUCAACAGAAAGGGCAGCUACAUCUGUCAGUGCCCCCCUAACUAUGAACUGAACCCCUCAGGCAAUGGUUGUGUUGAUAAGCGUGUCGGGACCUGCUACCUGCCCCCAGAGAACAUCAGGGGUGACCUGGGCUCACAACAAUGUGGAAAAGUGCUGGGUCGUAACAUGAACAGAGCCACGUGUUGUUGUACGGUUGGAUCGAAAUGGGGUGAGACAACAGGAUUCUGUGAGUCAUGCCCUCGAAAUGGAACAAGUGAAUAUGAUUCCUUAUGUCCUGGUGGUCCUGGAUUCAGACCUAACACCAUCACAGUCAUCCUUGAAGAUAUUGAUGAGUGUGCAGAGCUACCAAACAUAUGUAGAGGAGGCACCUGUCAGAAUACUUUUGGCAGCUUUGUUUGUAACUGUCCUAAAGGCUACAAAUUGGAUGACUCCAACAGGAUGUGUAUAGAUAUCAAUGAAUGUGAACUGGACAUCCAAGUGUGUGGUUUAGGCACCUGUAUGAACCUGAAGGGAAACUUCACCUGUAUGUGUCCACCUGGGCACAUGCUGAUGCAGGACAGAUUCUGUAUGGACAUGCGUAAGGGUAACUGUUACACAAACCUGUUCAACACAACAGCACCACCAUUCCGACAGGUCUGCGACAAUUCUCUUGCAAAUGAUCUUACUAAAAAGAUCUGUUGUUGUAGUGUGGGGCAGGGCUGGGGUGACCCAUGCGAAUCCUGCCCAGAGCCUUUCACAACGGCAUAUGCAGAGCUCUGUGGAGGGAGACCAGGAGAAAUAGUUGAUCCCAUAUAUGGGGGCAUUGAUGACAUUGAUGAGUGUACAAGGUUCCCCACUAUUUGUGAGAAUGGUGUUUGUGUGAACACGGCAGGUAGUUUCAGAUGUAACUGCCCCCUAGGAUACCAGUACAGCCCUUCCUCCCAUAAAUGUGAAGAUGUUGAUGAAUGUCGUGACUUUUCACCGCCAUGUGAGGGUGAGGCUGAGUGUGUUAAUGAGCCAGGAAAAUUUCACUGUAAAUGUCCCGAAGGAUAUGAACUUCAGGGGGAGGUUAGAUGUGUAGAUAUUGAUGAGUGUUCAGACAGGAGAGGAAGGAUGUGUAGGAAUGGAAGGUGUAAGAAUUUAGAGGGAAGCUUCCAGUGUAUUUGCGAAAAUGGCUACAAGGUCUCACAAGAUGGAACUGAAUGUAUAGAUAUUGAUGAGUGUUUUGCCCAGCCUGGUAUCUGUGGCAACGGAACAUGUAGGAAUACAAUUGGGAACUUCAGAUGUGAAUGCAACUUUGGUUUUACUGUCACAGAAAACAAUGAAUGUGUUGAUAUUGAUGAGUGCUUGGAGCUGCCAAGGAUCUGUUUGAAUGGACGUUGUAAGAACACACUUGGAGGCUUUAGGUGUAUCUGUCAGCCAGGAUAUCAGUACAAUGAAAGAGAUCAGUAUUGCGAAGAUGUGAAUGAAUGUAGAGAUCUUGCUGGCAUCUGUGAGAAUGGAGUCUGUAACAACCUGGAGGGCUCCUUCAAGUGUACCUGCUCUGAGGGCUACAAAUUACAUGAAGAUAGCCGAACAUGUGUUGAUAUCAAUGAAUGUAAUACCAUUGCUGGGAUCUGUGAACAUGGGACUUGUGCAAACUCUGAGGGUAGCUUCAGGUGUACAUGUCCUCCUGGCUUUGGCCUCUCAAUAGAUGGCAGAAAAUGCAUGGAUCUCCGAACAGGUAAUUGCUACCAGAGGUUCGUCGUUGGUCGAUGUCUGGACCCAAUGCCAAACAAUGUGACAAAAACAGAAUGCUGUUGUGCCAUGGGAGCUGGAUGGGGUGGCGAACCUUGUGAGGUUUGUCCCGAGAAAGGCACUGAGAGCUUUGAUAAUCUAUGCCCUGAUGGUGUAGGAAGAGUGACUGACCCUAAGUCUGAAAUUAAAACAGAUAUUGAUGAGUGCAGUAUGUUUGGGAUGGAGAUGUGUGAGAAUGGGGUUUGUGUGAAUACUGAUGGCUCUUAUAGGUGCCGCUGUAACCAUGGUUACAGGGAAGACCCAAUAACCAAGAAAUGUGUUGAUAGGAAUGAGUGUGCAGAGAGUUAUCAACAUUGUGGAAAUGGCACAUGCACCAACACCAUAGGAGGUUUCAGUUGCGAAUGUUCUCAUGGUUUCCUGCCCGACCAUAAUGGAGUUUGUGAAGAUGUUAACGAGUGUUAUGAGGAGGUAAACACUUGCGCAUUCCGCUGUCAAAAUGUCCCUGGAUCAUUCCGUUGUAUUUGUCCAAGAGGAUACACUCUGUCACCAGAUGGCAGACAUUGCGAAGAUGAAGAUGAGUGUAGUACAACUGCCAAUGACUGUCGCUAUGCAUGUAAAAAUCUUGUUGGAACGUACAUGUGUAUCUGCCCUGCUGGCUUUAGGAAGGUGGGCAUGAGAGAUGAAUGUAUUGAUAUCAAUGAGUGCAGUACAGUACGAGGUGCCUGUGAGAAUGGAAGAUGUAUCAACACGCAGGGUUCUUACAACUGUGAAUGUAAACCUGGCUAUAUCAUUACCACUGAUGGAAAACAGUGCAUCG